GCGCGAGCGCGCGCGUACUCUCUCUCUCUCUCUCUUUAAAGCUCUAUAUCUUCAUAUCCGACUUUUAUCAUGCCUGCAAAACGGAAAAGAACAAAGCGUCCAGCAACAACAAAGAAAAAGGACAAUCACUGCAAAACUGCGGCUGUAGAUGGUGAAUGGAAAGUGCGCAAUGUCGCUGCUCUUCGAGCCAUGGGCAGAUCCCCUGGCGGUUUUGUCAACGAUGACAUGCGACGCAAAAUAUGGCCUCUACUACUGUAUUGCGAUCGUUUACCAGAAAAGAGCAAUGACUCUUCUAGAUCUGAUGAAAGUCAGGUGGAACUUGAUAUCCUACGAUCAUUCAACACAUACCCUCACGAUAUCAGCGACGAGCGAAAGCAAAAUCUUAGAACUCAAUUAACAGGCGUUAUUACACAUGUACUUCGAUCCCACCCCAAGUUACAUUAUUAUCAGGGAUUUCACGAUAUUGCAUCCAUAUUCCUGCUUUUGUUUGGAGAAAAAGAGGCGGGGGUUUUGAUGCAACAAGUCUCUUUAUUCUUCAUUCGAGACGCAAUGCUAGAUUCACUAGAUCCGAUACUUCGGGAAAUCACAAUGAUCGAUACUAUUGUCCAACACGAAGACCCAACAUUGCAUAUGCAUAUGACUGAAGCAGGUGUACUCCCUUAUUACUGUCUUAGCUGGGUAAUUACGUGGUUUAGCCAUGAUAUUGACGAUGUUUCCAAAAUUGUCCGGUUAUUCGAUCUAUUUUUAUCAUCGAAUCCUUUGAUGCCUCUCUAUGUGUCAGCAGCCCUUGUCCUUGCGCGCCGGAAGCUUGUCUUGUCGCAACCGGCGGAUCCGAGUAUGAUCCACACUCUACUCACCAAAGUACCACGUAACGUUAACGUCGAGAUGUUGAUCAAGCGCGCAAUUGAGCUCGAAAGGGCAUAUCCCCCUCACGAAUUACAACAGCUGAGCGGCGUGGGACUCGACCAAGAGUCUUGUGUAAACACACACAAGGAGUUGUGGCUGGAUAUGGCAUUGCUGAAUAAGGAUAGUAGCGAAAAAUUGGAGGCAAUGCGGCAUAAGGCGGAGGAGAUACUAAGCAUGUCCGGGGAAGAACGGACACCGAUACCUAUCGAUCCUAAACGCGCGAUGGCGGCAGCGUCGUCCAAGCCAGGCCAUUAUUACGGUAGAAAACUGUUGGGUAGGAUGAGAGAGAUGUAUGCUCAAGAUCCCAUGCUCUGGACGACUGUUCUUUUAAGUGCAGGCGUCGUUACUUUUGCAAUGGCAACAGACCAGCUAGGCUUAGUCAGAGAAUGGCUAUCCUCCAUUUGAUAAGUGGUGUACUGUAUCAAGAAGUAUUAUUAUGUCCGCUCUCACUGUCUCCC